UUGUCAUAACUCUCUCUUCCUGAAACGUUAUGGCAAUCCAAGGCAAGCCCCCUAGUCUCUUUUGCCAUCAGUUUCAAUGCCCCCUUUACUCUCCCACUGCUUCUAAAUCACUUCUAUUCGGUAGGUCCUUCCAAUCCAGGGCUCAACAUCGCUGUAGAAAACCUCUCAGACUUAGCUGCAGGAGAUCAAACGCCAAUGAGCCACAAGAUGAUUAUCUGAUUGAUGCACCUGUUUCAGCUGGUGAUGGUUUUUCUUUUAGUGGAGGAAAAUAUUCAGAUGAGGCUAACCCAUCUGAUGAAUGGUUUAAGCAAGGAAAAUAUGUUAAAGCUCAUCCAGUUGGUGGCACUGGUGAGAAAGCUAAAGAUCCAAUUUUUGGACUAACCAUGGGAGCUGGCUCUCAAGCCUCAGGAGAUGUUUUCAGAUGGUUUUGCGUGGAAAGUGGAAACGCUGACAAUCAUACCGUUAUUUUGAUUCAUGGUUUCCCUUCACAGGCAUACUCCUAUCGCAAAGUCCUUCCUGUUCUCUCCAAGAAUUAUCGUGCUAUAGCUUUUGAUUGGCUAGGUUUUGGAUUUUCUGAUAAGCCUCAACCCAGAUAUGGAUUUGACUACACAUUGGGUGAAUAUGUCUCAGCACUGGAGUCCUUUGUUAAUGAAGUUGCUCCGAAUAAAGUUUCACUUGUUGUCCAGGGCUAUUUUUCACCAGUGGUUGCUAAAUAUGCCAGCAAGCAUCAGGAAAAGCUUAAUGAUCUAAUUCUCCUCAAUCCUCCUCUAACAGCCAAACAUGCCAAUCUUCCCUCGACAUUAUCCAUAUUCAGCAACUUUUUGCUGGGUGAAAUUUUUUCUCAGGAUCCUCUGAGGGCCAGUGAUAAGGCGCUGACCAGCUGCGGUCCUUAUGCAAUGAAAGAGGAUGAUGCAAUGGUUUAUAGAAGACCUUAUCUCACAUCUGGUUCCUCUGGAUUUGCACUAAAUGCAAUCAGUAGGGCCAUGAAAAAAGAGCUUAAGGUGGAUUUAUCAUUUAUAAUUUUAAUUGUUUAUUUUGUCCAAGUUGCACCUAACAGCUUCGACUUUGAGUCUGUGUUCACUCUUUCAAGGGAAUCCUCUACCACAGCCUAUGUGGAAGAAAUGAAAGUGAUUCUUAUGGAUAAAAGUUGGAAAGUUCAAACCACAGUCUGUUGGGGCCAGAGAGACCGUUGGUUGAGCUAUGAUCAAGUAGAAGAUUUCUGCAAAAGUUCAAACCAUAAGCUGAUUGAGCUUCCAAAGGCAGGGCAUCAUGUACAGGAGGAUUGUGGUGAAGAAAUUGGAGGAAUCAUUUCUGGAGUCAUCAGCCAAAGGAUCCUCAGGUGAUACGUUAUGAUUGCUUUUGAGCUGUUGGCACUCCAAACAGUGAUUCUUAUUUCGUCCAUGAGAGCAAUUUCAUUUUAAGGCUUAAGCCUUUUAAAGCUUGCAUUGCAAGCAAGAUUCGUUUGAGCUGUGUUGACAUUCUUGUAAGAAAUCAAUUAUUUAGAAUCAUUAGCAUGCCUGCAGUGGGUGACUGCUAGUCCAAGCAAUAUUAUUUCCCUAGAGAACUUCAAAUAAAGAAUCUUUGCCUUUCCAUGGACUUAAAAUUCUCAGAUCAGUUGUAAAAGGUUGCA